AUAUAUUAGCACACAUAAUUUCCAACAAAAAUGACUGAAGUUGAGCAACCACCACAGAAUGGCAUUGAUUUGUCGGCCAAUGAAGAAGAUGACAAUAGCAAAUCUCGUCCAGCUGAUAUAGAACAGGAUAUGCGCGAAAUGGAACGACGCAAACGUGUCGAAGCUAUUAUGGGUUCCAAACUCUUCCGUGAAGAGCUUGAACGUAUUGUUGAUUCAGCACGUGAUAGUGGCAAUGCCGAUGGUAUCCUCCAACAGCUGUCCGAUAUUGUGGGCGUACCAGCCACCCGUGUCGGCAGUGUAUUCCGUGCCUCAAAUUGUAUGCAACCCAUUAAUGAUAUACGUGGUGUUGAAUCCAUGGGCUAUGCCAAGGGUGAAAAGAUUUUACGUUGCAAAUUGGCUGCCACAUUUAGGCUAUUGGAUUUGUAUGGUUGGACCCAGGGAUUGGGUGCCCAAAUUACCGCCCGCCUUAAGGUGGAUCAGGAAUAUUUCUUGGUCAAUCCAUAUGGGUUGUUGUAUCAUGAGAUAACGGCCUCAUCCCUUAAUAAGGUGGAUAUGCAGGGCAAUAUUGUCGAGCAGGGUACCACCAAUUUUGGUGUUAACAAAAGUCAUUUUGUUUUACACUCCAUUGUCCAUGCCGCUCGCCCCGACAUCCGUUGCAUUAUCUACAUUGGCUGCAGUCCAGUGGUGGCCAUUUCUUCGCUGAAAGCUGGCCUCUUGCCCCUGACCAAGGAUGCCUGUGUCUUGGGUGAAAUUACCACACAUGCCUAUGCCGGUUGUCUUGUCGAUCAAGAUGAACGUGAAAAAUUGGUACGCAAUUUGGGUCCCAAUUCCAAAGUAAUGCUCUUGACCAAUCAUGGUGCCUUGUGCUGUGGUGAAACCAUUGAGGAGGCAUUCUUUGCCGCCUGCCACAUUGUUCAGGCAUGUGAGACACAAUUGAAACUACUGCCAGUGGGUUUGGAUAAUUUGGUCUUGAUCCCCGAAGAAUCACGUAAAAUUAUCUAUGAGAAAUCACGCAGUCCACCCGAAGAUUUGGCUAAGAAAUUUGCCGCAGCUGCCAGUAUUGAUUCGAAUAAAACCGAAGAUUCAGCGGCUGAAGAGAAGAAAGAAGGCGGCGCUGAAGAGAAGAAGGAAGCAGCAACCACCAAGGUUUUGGGUCAGACACCAAAAUGGCGUGUUGGUGGUGCUGAAUUUGAGGCCCUUAUGCGUAUGUUGGAUAAUGCCGGCUAUCGUACCGGGUAUAUCUAUCGUCAUCCAUUGAUUAAAUCGGAACCACCAAAACCCAAAAAUGAUGUUGAACUACCACCGGCCGUUUCAUCGUUGGGCUAUUUGCUGGAGGAAGAGGAACUUUUCCGUCAAGGCAUUUGGAAAAAGGGCGUUGCUGGCAAGGGUGGUGAUCGCAGCCGCUGGUUGAACUCCCCCAAUGUCUAUCAAAAGGUGGAAGUCUUAGAAACCGGUACACCAGAUCCCAAAAAGAUUACCAAGUGGGUUGCUGAAGGUUCACCCACACAUUCAACACCAGUACGCAUUGAUGAUCCAUUACAAUUUGUGCCAGUCAAUACAAAUCCCAAGGAAUUUAAACGGGUACAACAACAGAUCAAGGAUAAUCGUCGUGCCGAUAAAAUUUCCGCCGGUCCACAAUCACACAUUUUGGAGGGUGUCACCUGGGAUGAGGCCAAUCGCCUUAAAGAUGCCACUGUCAGUCAAACCGGUGAUCAUGUUGUGCUAAUGGGUGCCGCCUCCAAGGGUAUUAUACAACGUGGCUUCCAACACAAUGCUACCGUCUAUAAGGCACCAUAUGCCAAGAAUCCAUUCGAUAAUGUUACCGAUGAUGAGCUGAAUGAAUACAAACGCACGGUGGAACGUAAAAAGAAGAGUAUUCAUGGUGAAUAUACUGAUACAGAUUUCUCAGAAUCUGAGGCGUUGAGUUCACUGCAAACAUCAGGCGCACAACAACAAACUAAACAAAAUACCACUACCACAACAACAACUGCCGCUGUUAGUCAAUCAGAGCCAGAAGAUGUUUCAGAACAUCAAGUGAUGAGAAUAGAAACACAACAAGCCCCAGUUCCCAGUCAGCCCGAAGUAGUUUUGAGCGACGCAACUCUAAGUUUUAUCAAUGGUGAACGUUCCCAUACGGCUACAAAUCGUAAGCCACCAACAGGUCGAGGUGAAAAUGUACAAAACGGUGAUCAUUCGGAAGCUCAUUUGAGCACAUUUUCGCACAGCAGUAAAGAGGAUAUUUCAACGGACGGUUCACCCAAGAAAGACAAGAAAAAGAAGAAGGGUCUGCGAACACCAUCCUUCUUGAAAAAGAAGAAGGAGAAGAAGAAGGCCGAAGCCUAAAUUAAUACAACAACA